CUUGCAACAUUUCAUACAUUUAUGUGACGUCAUUAUGGCCUGGUUGGGUUAGGUUUGCUUGGAAAUUUUUGUUAAAAAUCUUGUAUUUUAGUGUAAUAUAUGUUGUGCUACUUAUUUUAGAUUAGUAAUAUAAAUACCUCAUAGAGUAGCAGUAAUCCUGGUGCCAAGAAGUGUUUGUUUCGGCGACAUUCUCUGGCGAAAAUGAAUCGCCAUGAAGGAGUCAGCUGUGAUUCUUGUUUGAAAAAUAACUUCAGAGGACGACGAUACAAAUGUUUGAUUUGCAUCGACUACGACUUGUGCGCUGCAUGCUAUGAGUCUGGCGCUACCACAAACCAACAUACAACAGAGCAUCCUAUGCAGUGUAUUCUUUCUAGAAGUGAUUUUGAUUUGUAUUAUGGAGGUGAAGCAUUGGCCCUUGAGCAGCCUCAAGCGUACACUUGCCCAUACUGCAACCGCAUGGGGUUCACGGACACCGCCCUCAUGGAACACGUCACUGCAGAGCAUGCUGAUACCACGUUAGCUGUGGUCUGUCCAGUGUGUGCAUCAAUGCCUGGUGGAGAACCUAAUUUUGUAACUGAUGACUUUGCUGGUCAUCUCACACUUGAGCACAGGACUGGACCUAGAGAUCUCAUCUCAUUUCUGGACGAACCCAGUGGCAUCAGACACGGUGGCGUGCGCCGCGUGCCGCAGUCGGGCCGCGGCGUCGGCCGCGCGCGCCGGACUAAUAUGCAGUUUAGCACGGGCGGCGGCAUAUCGUCGCUGUCGCCGUCGUCGCGGGAUGCGGUGGUGGACCCGAUCGCCGAGCUGCUGUCGCAGCUGUCGGGCGUGCGGCGCGGCGCCGGCCAGCCCGGCACGCCCAGCCAGCUGCAGCAGCUGCAGAUGCAGCUUCAGCUGGAGCGGCAACAGGCCUCGGCGACGCGGCAGCAGCUGGAGCGGCUGCCGCGGCGCGCGGGCGCGUCGGGCGGCGCGGGGCCGGCGCCCGCGCACGCGCCGCAGCCGCAGCCGCAGCCCGCCGCGCCCGCGCCCCAGCCCGACGCCAGCGACUCGCAGUUCCUGCUGUCCGGAUUCUUAGGAGCAUCGAAUACCCCCGCGGCCGCGGAGACGGAGUCCCGGGUGGCGCUGCUCCGGGGCCUGAUGCUGGCGUCGCUGGGCCGGCCGCCGCCGCUGGCGCGCGCCCCGCCGCCCGCGCCCCGCGCGCCGCCCGUGCCCGCGCGGUACGCGCGCCGCCCGCGCUUGACAGCUAGCGCGCUCCUGCGCUGGCCGCCUCCGACCGGUGCGCCGCCGACCGCGCGUCCGUCGUCCUCUGACAGCUGGCGCGCCGCGCCGAUGCGCCAACAGGCAACGGCGCGUCGCUGCGCGGGCGUCAGCCUUUGA